AUGGCACCGAAGGUUGAUCUCAUGAUCACGGAUGCCGAAUCGCUGAGAACUUUGAUGAUAAGUUUGCUUGGAAAGCUCUAUGGCGAUCAAAAUCAACUCGCAGCCAAUCUCACCUUUCUGAUCAUUCAUCAAUACGGCAGCUCGAUCAACAGCAAUCACCUCCACCUUGUUCUUUCCAGAACUCCCGAUGUUCACUACCGUGGCUGGAAGCUAGUCCUACUGUACGCCAACGGGAUUGUGGUAGAAGGACUACAGGGAGAGCGGAAAAAUGUCCUAGACUUGUUGCUAAAAGCAUCAGCAGACGCGAUCCGCGGCAAAGUCCCUGGGCUCAAAUGA